AUGGGACCCUUAUCCAAUUCUUCACAAAUAUUACCAACCAGGAGAUCUCAUAGUCGGUGGCAUUCUUUCUCAGACGUCCGUCAUCACAACUCCAAAAUCCUUCAGAGAACAACCGACUGGAAUACUAUCCGAAAAAUGGAUGAAAUAAACGAAAAUCUGCAGAUUCUGCCUAACAUCACACUGGGAUUUAAUAUCUACGAUGGCUAUUUGAAUGCAAGGGGGACCUACCAUGCUGCAAUGCAACUUGUGUCCAUGAGGAACAGAUUCAUACCCAACUAUAAGUGUAACAUCCAAGACAAAGUCGUCGCUAUCCUUGAGGGAUCUGGCUCAGAAACAUCCCAGUAUGUAGCAGAUGUUUUGGACAUCUACAAGGUUCCACAGCUCUUGUACGGUUCUUCUCCUGUGAUGUUUGAUGAUACCCAAGUCCCUUCCUUCUUCCAGAUGGCCCCAACUGAAACCCAUCAGUUCAUGGGGAUUCUCCAAUUACUUCUCCAUUUCAAGUGGACAUGGAUUGGAUUCCUCGAUGUGGUUGGUGGGAAUACAGAAUGGUUUGUGCAGAUGGUGUACCCAGUCUUUUCCCAACAUGGCAUCUGUUUUUCUUUCAUAGAAUCCUGUCCCAGUUUAAUUGUUGCUAGUAACUGGGAAAACAUUGGGAUAUGGUUGUUGGAAUUGCAUUAUGUCCUUAUGAACAAAACAGCCAAGGUACUCAUCUUCUAUGGAGACAGUAAUUCCAUGAUGUUUUUCAGAUGGUUGCUAAGUUGGUUAAAAAAUAAACACAUCACACAGAAGCCAAAAGGUAAAGUGUGGAUUCUGACAGCCCAGACGGAGAUAAAAUUCUUUCCCAGUGAAAGGAAUCUGGAUAUACAAACUUUGCAUGGAGCUAUAUCUAUGGCCAUUCAGUCCAGAGAACUUCAUGGUUUCCAAAAGUUUUUGAAGACUAGAAAGCCUUCAGGUGUCAAGGAGGAUAGUUUUAUCAGGGAUUUCUGGUCGUAUGCAUUUGACUGUGCUGUUCCAGACUCUAUUCUGGGCAAUAUGAGCAUGAAGAAUUGCACUGGAGAGGAGAGACUGGGAAGCCUCCCUCAGCAUAUCUUUGAAAUGAUCACUGGUCAUGGCUGCAACCUCUACAAUGCUGUUUAUGCUGUGGCCCAUGCUUUACAUGCCAUGUAUUCCCCCAACUCUCGACGCAGAGCAACAAUGGAUGGAGCGAGGACAAAGCUUCACAAUCACCAGUUGUGGGAGCUCGACUACUUUCUGAGACGAGUCUCAUUUAACAACAGUGCUGGGGACAACAUUUCUUUUGACAAGAACAGGAAUGUGGUGGCAGGAUUUGAUGUCAUCAAUUGGCUCAUAUUCCCCAACCAGUCCUUUCUUAAAGUGAAAGUUGGAAGUACAAAUCCGAAGGCUCCUGCAGACCAAAUGCUCACCAUUAAUGAAAAUGCCAUUACAUGGCACAGCUGGUUUAACCAGGUACAGCCCCUUUCUGUGUGUAAUGACAAUUGUUAUCCAGGGUAUAGGAAGAAAAAGCAAGAAGGGAAGCCGUUCUGCUGCUACGAUUGCACUCCAUGUCCAGAUGGGAUGGUAUCUGGCCCAAAUGACACGGGGGAAUGUUUUAAAUGCCCAGAUGAUCGUUAUCCAGAUAAGGAUCACGCUUUAUGCAUCCCUAAAGUUAUAACCUUCUUGUCUUACGAAGAACCUUUGGGCAUUGGUCUAGCCACUGGAUCAUUAACAUUUUCUUUGAUCACUGUUCUGAUACUAGGGACAUUUGUGAAACACAACAACACUCCCAUAGUUAAAGCCAAUAACAGGAACCUCACCUAUAUUCUUCUCAUCUCCCUUCUGCUGUGCUUCCUUUGUUCAUUAUUAUUCAUUGGCCGACCAAAAUAUGUAACAUGUCUCCGCCAUUUUGCCCUUAGCACCUUUUUCACAACAGCUGUUUCUUGCAUAUUGGCCAAAACUACCACUGUGGUUCUCGCAUUCAUGGCUAUCAAGCCAGGGUCUAGAAUAAGGAAAUGGGUGGGGAAAGGAAUAGCUAGUUACAUUGUUAUUUUUUGUUCCUUUAUCCAAGUAGGCAUUUGUGCAGUGUGGCUGACAACCUCUCCCCCAUUCCCAGAUGCUGACAUGCAUUCAGUAGAGGAAGAAAUUAUACUGGAAUGUAAUGAGGGGUCAAUGAAUAUGGUGUUCUCUAGCCCUGUCUACCUGAGCUUCAUGGUCAUUGCCAGUGUUAUCAUGGCUUUCUUUGCCAGGAAGCUACCAGAUGCUUUCAAUGAAGCUAAGUUCAUCACUUUCAGUCUGCUGAUCUUCUGCAGCAUUUGGCUGUCCUUUGUUCCUGCCUACUUGAGCACCAAAGGGAAAUACACAGUGGCAGCAGAGACCUUUUCUAUCUUAGCCUCUGGUGCUGGGUUGCUGAGUUGCAUGUUUUUCCCCAAGUGUUACAUCAUUGUGCUAAAGCCUAAAAUGAACAGUAAGGAAAGUCUCAAAAGGAAAAAACAUUGA